GGGACCGGGACCGGGACCGGGACUGGGAAUCAAUUCCGCAUAGUGAGUCCGAGGGUGGCCAUGCCACGCCCCAUUUCCAAUUGAUAAGAUAGUGGAGUCCGGUGCAGGGGAAAUGGAGCGCUACUAGAGGCUCAACUGGCUGCAAGGAGCGAAUUUGCGCCCGAGCAGGAGUUCCGGAAUUCCAAUCGAUUGUGAUUGGGUCACGUUACCCAGGUGCCAGCCUUCAAAAACUUGCCAGUCACUCAAUUGCCUAUAUUUGAAACUAGACAGAGUUUGUAGCAAUGCAGAUCAAUCAACUUGAUGAACAGGACAUCUGGUUCCAGUCCGCUUUGGGCAUGCGCGAAGAGACAUUCAGUAGGCCAUGGAACUACUCCUUUCGCGUACCGAGCGAUCCUGUCCAGCUUUUUAAGUGGCUGCUAACAUUGAAGCUGCCCAUGCUGGAGGAGGAGACUCCGCCCUGGAGUUUCUAUUUCGAUUUGUGGGAGGCCAAGGACAUUGAAUUGAACGUAAAUGUUAUCAGCGGAAUGCUUCUGGUGAGCCUCGCAUGUCAGACAAUAGAUGUUCCUUCGACGCCUGAUGAUGUAAAACCAUCCACUUUUGAAAAAGGUCCAUACAUAACUGGAGGUAUUAAAUGUGUAUUCAGUACUAAAGAUCCAUCCAUCUCUUUAGAUAUGGUAACAUCCCAACGUAAGCUAACAAGCCCAUAUCUGUCUACUGAUGAUAAAAUAUCUCCUCGGUCAAGUCUGGUGGAUGUGGCAACUGGUCCCGAUGAGCCGCCCGUCGUUCCCAAGUUGGUGGAAAAAGGAACUGGGCCCGAGGUUAUAGCAUCGCCACAUGGGGAUCCAAAACCGAAACCGCGGUCCUUUUAUUGUCUGAUGAAAAAGGCGGUGCUGGCCUUGUCCUUGCUGCACACCCUCUAUGUCCUGAUCCAGAUCGCCUUCGGAUCAUCCCUGGCCGAUGUCUGGGAGGCCAUCGACGGGUAUCCGACUCCGCCGCAGAUCGAGGAGACCGGGUGGUCAGUGGCCAGCAUGCUUGAGGCCCUGCUGGGGGCCCUGCGAAGUUUGAUGCCCUAAAUGCGCUCCUGGAUAGUCCGCAUGCAGAUAGUUUCGUUUCGGUUAUUUUUAAACCCAUCCAGCUAUUUUUACGCUUCAAGACUCAGCUAUGGUCCCACUUCCAGACGAUUCCUUCGCCGCUGCUUGUUGUUCUCAUUGCUCAUUGUUGGCGACGUUCGAAGAUUACGGGCAGAAAACGGAGGACCCGAAAAUACGGACUGUUGUCGUUGUUCUCGUGGUUAUUGUUGUUGUUGCUGUGUACCCAAGACAACGACAACGAUCCGACUUGGCGAUAAGCCUCGGAAUCUACACAAAUCUCGGUCAAUAGCUCACCGAUCCGUAGCCAAAUAAAUACCAAGCUGAGUCCCCCAGUUCGAAUCUCUCUCUGGAAAUGUUUAAAAUAUUCCAUUUGCUGGCACACUAGUUAUAUAUCCCUCCAAAUCGCGGAUUCAUGGACAAUGAUCCCAAAAGCGACCACCUCUUAUCGGUGUCAAACACCUUUUACUUAUUGUACAUUAAUAGGUGCAUUCACUCGCCUUUCCCAAUCCGAAACGGAACUCGAUCCCCAACUGGCGUCAUCAUUGCCUAACAUUCCGCUGGAAC